AUGUCCCGCGCCUCCUUUCCCCAACUCUGUGCAGUUUGGCCACUGGAGCAUCAGUCGACCGCUGCAAGCAAUCUUCAACGUGGUGGCUUAUUCGACAGCAACAACCUUGAUCUCGACCAGCUCAUCAUUGAGCCCAAGGCCGAGACGAGCGGCGCCCUCGACGCCAUCUACAAGGUCGGUACCGUGAACUCGGCACCGCAGAAGUUAAGAACCCCGAACCCACAACGCCCGGAAGAUGCAACGCAAAGAACGCGGACCGAGAUGCCUUCUGCGAGGAUUCGCCCUGUGCUUUCUCCUUCAACUCUCUGGAAGAUACUGCGGUCUGAGGUCAUCCCCAUCAACCACCUCGCCGCUGCAGGAGACUCCCAGCGUUGUGUUUCUGUGUCCCUGUGGCAACAAUUCCCGUCACGAUAG